AUGGGCUUGUCAACACGAGCCCACAAGGCCGGUACUUCUUUCUACCGCUAUGAUCCCUCCCUCGCCGUCGCUGUCAUCGCCGCUGCUCUUUAUGGUAUUGCAUUUAUCUUAACCGUGAUUCAAUGGAUUCGGUAUAAAGCUUGGGUGUGGGUUGUCAUGGUCGUUGCCUCUGGAAUGGAAGCUGUCGGAUACAUUGCUCGCUGCUUCUCAACCCAGAACGUGACAACAAAAUCGACCUAUGUUCUUCAGUUUGCCCUGAUCAUUUUAGCACCAGUCUUGAUGGCAGCUUGCUGCUACGUAGUGUUCAGCCGCAUCCUCUUCCUCGUCGUUCCCCUCCAAUCGAGAACGUUCAAGUUAUGCUGGGUGCCCCCACGGUUCCUCACAUCCAUCUUCGUUGGAUUUGAUAUUGUGGCUUUGCUCCUUCAGCUGGUGGGUGCGCUCAUGAUUACUAGCGUGGACCCGGGCGAUACAUCCGGACAGGAUAAAUUAGACCACGGAAAGUCUAUCGCGAUGGUCGGUGUCAUCAUUCAAUUGGUGGCAUUUGGUUUCUUUGCCAUCGCUGCCGUCCGUUUUAAUUUUACCUCGAAGAGGUUUACGAAGAGCUUAGAGGAACGCUACGAGACCAUCGGAGAAAGAAAGUAUGCCAUGGGGGACGUCCUCAAGGACAAAAAUUGGCCUGCAUUGCUGCGCGUCGUGAACUUGUCUACCGUUCUUAUCCUGGUCCGCUCUGUCUAUCGUCUGAUCGACUUUACCAAAGGGAACACUGGAUAUAUCAAUGACCACGAAUGGGUCCAAUAUGUCUUUGACGCACUGGUGAUCUAUCCUUGUGUGGCUCUCUUCAUCUACUGGCACCCGGGACGUUACCUGCCCUACCUAGGCUUCGUCCUCCCCAAACGCGCCAAGGAGACUUAA